UGCAGUGGGACAUGGUUCCUUAAUAAACUCGGCAUUUAUUCUAUUUAUAGCUACUACGACUACGCCUGCCCCAAGUGUCUGCGACCCAGGCUGGAUCUCAUCUCCAGAAAAGUGCUACUAUGUGUCCACAACGGCCGAAAAAACGAACUGGAGUAGGGCAGUCGAGCGGUGCACCGCCAAGGGUUCGAACCUGGUUGAGAUCCAAACAGACGAAGAAGCUUCAUUCAUAUUGAGAAACAUGCCGAGUGGUGUUGAUAGCUCGGACAUUAUAUAUACGGGACGGAAGAGCAACAACAGAAAUGAAUGGGUUUUUGUCAGCAAUGACAAGAUGGUCGACACAUCGGUGAGAUCAUGGGGUAGUGGGGAACCUGACGGUGGAUCCCAGAAGUGCGGAUGUACCCGGCAGUCAGACGAUCUCGAUAUGCUGGAUUGCUACUGUACCGGAUAUAACCUCUUCUAUAUCUGCGAGAUUGUACGCUAGUCGUGAUGAAACGGUAUUCACUCAAUUGCUGUCAUAAUUGUUUUGAAAAUAAAAUAAAAUACCGAGUGCC